GGGAGAUAAAACCUAGGGGUGUCCACAAUAUACCAAAGAAGAACACCCCAGUGAUCUUCGUCGCUGCACCCCAUCAUAAUCAGUUCUUGGACGCUUUACUGCUUUCUUCUGAAGUAAUAAGAGCGUCAAACAGGAAGUUAAGCUUUUUAACGGCUGAUAAAUCCAUGAACAGGUUCUUCAUCGGUGAAAUGGCAAGAGCUAUGGAAGCUAUACCUGUGAAGAGGGCAGCAGACGACGCAAAACCUGGUAUUGGUACUAUUUACAUGAAAUCCGGUCAAGCUGAUACAAAAGUUUACGGUUUAGACACUAAAUUCACCUCUCAAUUGGAGCCAAAAAUGUCUAUCAGUUUGUCAAACAGCCUUGGAGGGGCUACAGCUGAAGUUCUAGAAGUAAUUAGUGAUACUGAGUUGUCACUCAAGAAACCACUUAAUAAGGAUAUUGCUGUAAAUGCUUUACUAUCGGUCGGCGAUUCACAUCCCCAACAAGCGAUCAAAUAUAAAGUCUUACCUUUCAUUGACCAAGAGCAAAUGUAUAAAUCUGUCUAUGAUAAACUAAAAUCGGGCGGUUGUAUUGGUAUCUUCCCAGAAGGUGGUUCACACGAUAGAUCAGAUUUGUUGCCCCUCAAAGCGGGUGUUACUGUCAUGGCAUUAGGAGCAAUGGCCGCAAACCCUGAUCUACAAGUUCAAAUCGUGCCUGUAGGAUUAUCUUAUUUCCAUGCUCAUAAGUUUAGAUCGAGAGCUGUCAUCGAGUUUGGUGCCCCAAGAGCUGUACCGAGAGACUUAGUAAAUUUAUUCAAUCAAGGUGGUCAAGAUAAGAGAGAAGCAUGUAAGGAUCUCCUUGAGAUCAUCUACGACGGUCUUAAAAGUGUCACUGUUCAGGCUCCUGAUUAUGAAACUCUAAUGGUCAUCCAAGCUGGUAGAAGAUUAUUCAAAACACCAGGUCAACAUUUAACACUCGGUCAAGUUGUUGAAUUGAAUAGAAGACUUAUUGCAGGUUAUUUACAAUAUAAAGAUGAUCCCAAAAUCCAGAAAAUCCGCACACGAAUUCUCAAGUACAACAGGAUGCUUCAGGAUUUGGGUAUACGUGACCAUCAAGUUGAAGCGGCAACAAGAAAGAGUUGGAAAACAUUAGGAUUGCUACUCUAUCGUAUUGAGUUAUUAACAAUAUGGGGAUUACUUGCAUUACCUGGUGCUGUAUUACACAUACCUGUCUUCUUUAUCGCAAAGAUCAUCAGUCAUAAGAAGGCAAAAGAAGCACUUGCGGCAUCAACUGUCAAGAUAAAAGCCAGGGAUGUUGUGGGUAGCUGGAAAGUCCUCGUCAGCUUAGCUUUGAUUCCACUGUUAUACACGAUUUACGUUAUUCUCGCAACUUACGUCGCUAGAACCUAUGGGGAAGAACUCGGACUUUCAGAGUUUGUCAUAAAGUGGUCUCCAAUUUGGGCGCUUCUCUCACUUCCAUAUUUGGGUAUCUCGGCUCUCAAGUUCGGUGAAGUUGGUAUGGACGUAUAUAAAUCCCUUCGACCAUUAUUUGUCAGUUUAUUACCAUGGAACGAAAAAGAAUUAAUGAAAGUGAAAGUUAUGAGACAAGAUUUAAGUAACGAAUUGGCUGAUAUAAUUGACGAAUACGGACCUAAACAAAUGGAAGAUUUUGAGAAAAUGAAGGUCCUUCCGAGCGACGUUUCACAACCGAAAGUCGAGCAAAGUCAAUCGCCAUUUCAAUGGCUUGAUGAGAUGUUGUUUGGAUGGUCUACAACGAAAAGAUCUACGGAUUCGCAACCUGAUUCACGGACUGAUGAUGUAGGCUCAAAAGAACAGGUGAACAAACCACCUACGAAUGUUUUAGAAGAGGGUGAUUUCGACACCGUCGUAUCCUUCCUCGAUACGUCUAUAACGAAAAAGAAAAAUAACUAAGAGUUAUUUGUAAUUGUUUAUUGUUUUGUUUUUAGCAUUUUGCAUUAUUUUGACUGGCUUAUCUUGUGUCAUCAUCAAUGCCGCUGAAGUUAGCACAUCAUAAGUAAGAAGGCUAUGGUAUAUAGGCCACUGCUCUAAACUACUAAUAGAUCUUACCACCCGUAUAACGCUGCUAACAUCGAGCGUGUGCGUAAAGACGAAGAGAAAGCCCACCUUGAACGUGAAUUGGAAGUAUCAAUAAACAAUAGCAAUGUGGGUAGCUAUAUCGCUUCUAAAGUAACGAUCUAAAGUUACCCAGGAAUCAAAGAACAGAUUAGAUAAAUUGCGCAAUAAACCAACUAAUCCUGAUAAUAGAGAACACAGAUCUGAGCAUAUAAACUUCUGGUCAGAUUUGGAGAAAUCAGCGAACGAAAAGGGUAAAGCAAAGGAUGAAUUCCCAGAUAUGCAGCUUCAGAGACCCUCCGCGAGGUGGUAUGACAGUCAGGACGACAGAGCCCACGCCCGAGAUGCAGAACCUCAGAGGAAGCGUUUCAGGAAUGACAAAGACGGCGACACUAAACUCAAAGAUACACAAGAUCCGCUGAAUAUCAUGAAAGAAGCAACCCAUGAGCUUGACAAACGCUCUAAAGUUUCCAAACCCAUACGCAACUCGCACAAGAUGUCCAAACGAGAGAGGAGGGAAGAGAAAGAGAGACAGCGUGCACGUCAGUUGUAGUUAUUCUUAAGUUUACAGUAUUGUAUUUCUAGAUCCAUACAAG